UGUUAGGUAGUUCUCAUUUAUCUUUCAACAGGAUGUUUGGUGUCAGAAGAGUGAGUGUGUGGUGCCACAUGCGUGGAUUCCAGUCUGCCUGGUCUGGCUACCGUUUGGCGCGCCAACAAAGUAGUCCUUUGCUGACCACCAGCACGCAGGACGUUCGCCAACUUCACACCUCUUCGUCGAAAAGCGAAAGAAAAUUAAACCAGCCAAUCGUAGCCAACCAGAUGCCACGUCCCGGAGGCAUUCCAUCGUUUAUGCGCCUUCCUAUUCAACAAGAUACCAAAGGUUUGGACGCUUGCUUUGUGGGUGUACCAUUGGACAUAGGAUGCAGCAACAGGACAGGGACCAGAUUUGGUCCUCGCUAUCUACGUUGCGAGUCCCCGCAGAGGCCCGUGAACCAAGGUACAGGUGUAAACCCGUUCCUUACACAUAAUGUGGCCGAUAUUGGAGACGUCUUCAUCAAUCUGUACAAUCUGCCAGAAGCGUGCCGUAAUAUCCGGGAGCAGUACCAAAACAUCAUCAGUAACAAAUGCAUCCCUCUUACCAUGGGCGGCGACCACACCAUCUCAUACCCAAUCUUGCAGGCGAUGAAGGACAAAUAUGGACCGGUAGGACUUAUCCAUGUGGACGCUCAUCCAGACCUACAGGAUGAGGUGUUGGGUAGCCCGAUAGGACAUGGGACGCCCUUCAAAAGAGCUUACGAUGAGGGCCUGCUUGACUGUUCCCGUGUUAUUCAGAUUGGCCUGAGAGGCACUGGAUACUCCUCAGACGACUGUAACAUUGGCAGGAAUUUGGGAUUCCGGGUGGUGGGAGCGCAGGAGUGUUGGUACAAAUCUUUAGAGCCCCUGAUGGCCGAGGUGCGAGAACAGAUGGGAGAGGGACCCGUCUACCUCUCCUUCGAUAUUGAUGCUAUCGAUCCUUGCUACUGUCCCGGCACUGGAACGCCGGAAGUAGGAGGCCUCACUAGCAUCCAGGCACUUGAGAUUGUUCGUGGAUGCCGCGGCUUGAAUCUUGUUGGCUGUGACUUGGUGGAGGUGUCUCCACCUUACGAUGUGGCAGGGAUGACAGCAGGAACCGGCGCCCACCUUCUCUUUGAGAUGCUGUGCGUGCUCCCUGGAACUCGAUGUUGUGACUGAUCAUCUGUUCCCUGUGUUAUCAUAUUAGGUUUUGUAUUGAUGUUUUAUCCUUUCAGCAUUCCAUUCAGUACUGUAUUUUAUUAUAAUAUAGCCACUGUAGCUAUUUAAUAAAAUAUUAAAUUAAA